UUGCUCAAGUUUCUUUUGAGGGACAUUACAUGUGCUAUUUUCGUUCAGCCAGUAAGCUUGGUAGGAAAAAAAGUCAAAAGAACUGAUUUGAAAGAUUUUCACAAAGCGUACCGAGCUAUAAAUUUUCUUAAAGUAACUAUAAUUGGCUUUAAGAAUUUCUGAACUCUGAAAUUGGCGAAAGUCUAAACCUGUCGUGUAGAUGUUGGUAUGUGUUAUAUUGUUGGCUGUUCUUAUAAUUUUGAUAACGAAGUCACAAGGGAAACAAGUUAUAUUUUUAUAAUUAUUUCUGUUUAUUGCUGUUACUCCGGUUCUGCUUGUUUGCUUAAAUAAUUUUCAAUAUUUUAUUUAAGUUUAAGUUUGGUUUGUCCAUGUGGUUUUCUCAAAAACUUUUUUUAUACCUCAACAAUUUUAAUCAAAAGUACGUUUAGUUAGAAUUUGAUUUAAAAUGGAUUCUAUCAUUAACAAACAUGAAAUAUAUCAAUUGAAUCAUUUUAUUGUAAUAGUGCUGCUGCUCUAAUAAGAUAUGUCUGCGUCUGUUUGCACAAGGUUUGAUGAAGCAUCGUGUUUCCAUAAAAGCUUAUGCGAAUCAGCACUUGGGAAUGUUUGAAAAUGAAAAUGCCAUUAAUGUAAUGGUAAUCGACAAUUAGUCCAAUGUGCCGAUGUUAGUUUAGAUUUGUGCCCACAAAUGCUCGCAAUCAACACGGAAAACCUCUAGCUAAAAUACCAAAAACUGAAUGACUAGCAGAAUUGUAUAUUGUUUAAAAAUGAGCUUGAAUAUACAUAUGAAAUAUGCUAUUUUAAUACUAAAAAGAACAAAUGAAACCAAAUCAGUAACUAAGGCUUAACCAGUAUCCGCUCCUUAUAGGUGAUCCUGUCUUCAAAUUUAACUGCUUUUGCUCCCUGAAAAUAGCUACAAUUACGACCACGAAGAAAAAUACUCAUAUACCAACAGGACUUAUUACCAAUAGUGUGCUAAUAUUUUGUUCGAACUGAUAUAAAUUAAAUUACCGUAAGAGUUAUGAAUGUUGUAAAAACGUUAAUGCCGCAAACGUAAAAGGAUAAUUGUAGAAGGAUGAGGAUAAACAGUGACUGUUUUCAUAAUAUGAACACGUCAUAGAUUGAUUGGAUGACAUGUAUAAAUGUGUGCUAAUAUGUGCAUUUGUUAUGUUCCGCAGAGCACUUGGUACUUUGUAUACAAGCAUUAUGAAGUAUGAUAAAAUUCCUGAGUAUGAAAAGUGAUUAUGAAGCACCUCGUUUCAUCUGUAAAGGCUGAAAAAUAAGAUAUUGCUUUAUUUUCCAAUAUGUAAAAGAUAAAAGUAUCAAUUGUAGUACUCCAAAUGGAAAGUGUCAUUAUUAGUCGAUGUAGAUCACGAAGAUGCAUACCUGUACUUCCUGAACAUCUUAAAAGCAUCUUUUUUGUGUUGUUGCUUUUGAACAAAACAUUUGAAUGAAAAUGAAGGUAGUUAGACAUAAAUCAAUAUAGUUUGUAAAUCACACUGAUUAAAAUAGAAACAACCCGCAACAAAGAUCAACAACACAUGCCAUUUACAACUACAUUUACUGUAUGCGUCAAAUCAACAGAACGAAUGAAUACAAAUAAUUGUUACAGGAGUGUUAUUUUUUACAACUGCUGAUGAGAAAAAUACUCAAAUCUAUUACUACUACAAAACUGCUAACAUUCAGCUACAAAAAUCGGAAGAAACUUAUUACCAUAGCGAACACAUCAACGAAUGUAACGGAGACCCAAAAAAAUACAGCAAAAAUGGUCUAAUAAAAAAGUAACUGAGAAAAAUAAUUUACGCAUACUAAAACAAACUAUAGCAAUCAUUUUUUUGUGAUAUUUAUUUUAUUAGCUUUUAUUCUGAUCUAAAAGAAAUAGUUCAAACUGCAGAGUAGUCCUCUUUAAUGUGCGGAAAAAUUCAAAUUUGUAGACAGAAUCAAGCCAUGUUCCAUAUGCUACGUAUGCAACGUAUCAUGUUCUAUGAACAACGUACAUAUGUGUAAGUAGUUGUAUAGAAGCAAAUUUUCGGAGAUUCACUCCGUUAAUUGCAGCAAGUAUCACAAUUCUACAGAAUGUCAACGUUCAUCUGGACUCAAAUUACAAUAGUUUUAUUUAUUUUCAUUAGAAUGCUAAACUGCAGAUGGGGAUUACAAAAUGUUUCUAAAUGCUAUAUUAAUGCAUAUAUAAACAUUUUUGUUAUUUUUAUUUUCCGCAAUAUACAAAAUUGGUAACUACGUUUUAAUGGUCUGGUCUACGUUUCAAUGGACUUUAUACAAAAUUUGUUUCUCUUUAAUGAUUUUAUUUAUCUCUAUUGUUGCUGUUUUGGGACGUCCUAGCCUUCCGCCCGGCCCUUGGGGUGUUCCGAUCUUUGGCUACCUUACAUUCAUUGGUCACGAGAAGCAUACUCAGUACAUGAAACUAGCAAGGAAAUAUGGCUCGCUGUUUAGUGCAAAGCUUGGUGCUCAGUUGACCGUUGUGAUUAGUGACUACAAGAUUAUUAGAGAAGCAUUCAAAACCGAGGAAUUUACUGGCCGGCCACAUUCACCAUUGCUGAAAACUUUAGGAGGUUUUGGAAUAAUCAACAGUGAGGGACCACUAUGGAAGGAUCAAAGAAGAUUCUUGCAUGAGAAGUUACGUAACUUCGGUAUGACCGUACUUGGCAAUAAGAAACAUCUAAUGGAGAGCAGAAUAAUGACUGAAGUAGUUGAACUGUUACUUACAUUGAAUAGCGUCAGUAAUCAAUCUACUGAUCUCAGUCGUUAUUUGUCGGUUUCUGUGAGUAACGUGAUCUGCAACAUAAUCAUGUCAGUCCGUUUCUCGAUUGAUGAUCCUAAAUUCAAACGUUUUAAUUGGCUCAUAGAGGAGGGCAUGCGACUUUUCGGUGAAAUUCAUACCAUUGACUAUAUUCCGCAUAUUCAAUAUCUUCCCGGGAACAUUAAUGCUAAGAAUAAGAUUGCCAAAAAUCGAGAGGAAAUGUUCGACUUUUACCGCGAAAUCAUUGAAGAACAUAAACGCACCUUUGAAAGUGGCAAUAUUCGCGACAUUGUUGAUGCGUAUCUUGCUGAAAUAGAGAAAGCACGUGAGGAAGGCCGAGAUGCCGAAUUAUUUGAAGGGAAAGAUCAUGAGGUACAAAUGAUGCAGGUAAUAGCUGAUCUGUUUUCAGCUGGCAUGGAAACUAUUAAGACCACCCUAUUGUGGUUAAACGUAUUCAUGCUUCGACACCCCGAUGCUAUGAAGCGCGUUCAGGACGAGCUGGAUCAGGUGGUCGGACGAAACCGGCUACCAAAGAUCGAAGACGUGCCAUAUUUACCAAUUACUGAGACUACCAUUUUAGAAGUGAUGAGAAUUUCCAGCAUAGUGCCACUAGCAACGACCCACUCCCCGAAGAGCGAUGUUGUGAUCAAUGGUUAUACAAUACCUGCCGGAUCAUACGUGGUGCCACUAAUAAACAGCGUACACAUGGAUCCUAAUUUGUGGGACAAACCGGAGCAGUUCAUUCCUAGCCGAUUCCUGGAUGGAGAAGGCAAAGUUCACAAGCCUGAAUUUUUUAUACCAUUUGGUGUUGGAAGGCGGCGUUGCCUCGGCGAUGUACUGGCGCGAAUGGAGUUAUUCCUGUUCUAUGCUUCGAUCAUGCAUACGUUUAGCAUAGAGUUACCGGAAGACGAACCAUUGCCAAGCUUAAAAGGCAUUAUUGGAGUUACAAUAAGUCCCCAGGCGUUCCGUGUUAAGCUCAUGACACGGCCAUUGGAAGUAAAGCUAGAACGUAUGCACGAUACAUGUAAAACAUGCUACUGA